AUGGGCGCCGGUGCCUCGAGUGCCUCACGUGUCAGCGCGUCCGCCUUACUCGCCGAGGUUCCCGACGAUGAGGCGCUGCUGAGCGUUCUUUGCCAAGAUGUGAGAAGUGCCCAACGGCUGCUGCGCCAAGCGGAGCGGCUUAUGCCACUGGCAGAAGCAAGGUGUGCAGAAGAAGCAGCAGAGCGUGGAGAGACAUCGCAACCAUCAAAGACGGAAGCGGAGCUUGCUGAAGGCAGUACGCCCAGACGCAAGUUGAGUAUCCAUGGCAUGGAUGGCUCAACGUUUCACAUUUCCGUGGAGGAUGCCACCACCGUUCAUGAUCUGUCAAGAAUCAUUGCAGAAAAAAGUGGCGUGACGAGUUCUGGGCGAAGUAUGGUGUUGACCUCCGGCUGUCACGUCCUCGACGAUACCAAGCCGCUGCUACAGCAGCUGACUGGCGAAGAGGUGACUUUCGUGGCCAGGAGGGUGUCCGCUGGAGACGCAGCAGUGAGCCUGCAGCGAGCCUUGAAAGGCGAG